AUGGCAUCGAAACGGAUUUUGGGAGUUUUAGAGGCGGCACAUGGUGGUCAUGAGGCAAGCCGGGGGAAUCCUUGUAAAAUAUUUCUUUCUCACCAGACACGUGUUGGCCUCGUUGCAACAACUCCACUCCCCGUCCCCGAAACCGCUUCAGCGGCCGAAAUUUUCAUGCUGAGGGUGGCUGAAACACGAACUGACAAGAUAAAAUUUUUAACAGGUUGUAUGGUCGAACUUUGCCUACGCAAUUUUUCGGAUCCAAGUUCAUUUCUCCCGACUCCGUACGGGGAACUCGCUGUAUCUUCGGAGUACACAUCAUAUAUAGACGAUAGACGCAAGAUCAACAUAGGUGCUCCCCAAAACGACUGGACGGACGGAAGCCCUCGACCGCGUACUACGGUAACGAGAGUCAUCAUUUCUCCCCAUGGGGCAAUCGACAAUCAACUUGUAAAAUCAACCCCUCUAUCACCUCCCGAAUGUACUAUUGCCAAAGGUAAAGCUACCGAUUUAUUCCCCCGCCCCCAACAUACAUUCUCAACUUUGAUACCUAUUACCUAG